AUGUCCGGAAACCUCGUAUAUCCCCCUCCUGGGUUCGAGCAUCUCGGGCCCACCCCGCGCAACACCGAUGAACAUGAGAUCGUCUGUCUCUUCGAUCCUGAAGCCGAUUUCGAAGCGUCUAUGGUCUCUGUUGAGGAGGAGAUAGCUCAAGACAUCGCCAGGGCCCAGCAGCGCUCUGCAGAACCGCCUCUGUUACCUCUCGAGACCAGCCCCACCAUACGCACUGCAGAACCUGAUGGUGCGCCCCCCACUGCUGAUGCCGAGCCCUCGACGGCGACCGGCGUUUCUCAACAGCCAGCACAGAUACAGCGCUCGGAGUUUGUUCCCAACAUAGAUAUGCUGCACGCGCAGCAUACCCGCCGCCUCGAGCACCUCCCAAUGCCUUAUUUCUCCGCAUCCACCCUCGCCGAGGUGGAGGAGCAGAUGUUCGACUGGGCUUUGGAGGAGGGCUUCAUGUUGAAACGUCGAACCAGUCAACGCCGCUCUGCCAGCGAGGGCAGACUCGAGAGGCACUACCUCAUCUAUCAGUGCAUCCGCGGAAGCCAAUACCGCGACGCUGUCGAUCCUGAGACUCGCCAACGCGAGGCCCGCACUGGCCUGACGGGCUGUCCAUACGCCGUCAAGGUGCACCUCGUGUAUUUCGAGGACAGCACACGCUACAGGGUCGUAGGUCAUACGCUGGACCCCGAGAGCCACAAGCAUAACCAUCCUAUACUUGAACCUGGCGAUUCUUACCUCAUGAGACCAGUCUCCGAGGAGGUAGCCAGGUCGAUAAAGGCCCUCUCGAGGGCUGACAUGGCCCCUGCUCAUAUCAUGAGGCACCUGAGGCUUCAGUUUCCCUCCGAGACUCACGAUAUACUGCUCCAGGACAUCCGUCGCUAUCGGAGGAGAGCCAGGGCCGAGCAGCUAUGUGGUGCCGGCUCCGCUGAGUAUCUCCGACGGGUCUUGGAAGAGCGUGCCGAGCAGGACGGUAUCCUAUACAGGCUGGACCAGUGCAGCGACGACGAUACGCUCUUCGGGGCCAUCUGGUUGGACCGCCCGGCCCGCGCGCUGGUCCAUAGGUUUCCAACGGUCUUGGCGGUCGAUGUGACGUACAACGGCGAUCGUCACGCUCACAAGAUCCUCCACGUGUCCGGCGUCACCUGUAAUAAUAGAUCCUUCACUGUCGCGCUCGCUGCCAUGCCUGACGAGAACGAGGAGACUGUAACUCACUAUCUCCGGCUUCUCCUCGAGCUGGUAGGUGAAAUACGUCCAGCAGUGGUGGUGACAGACCGCUCCAUGGCCAUCCGCAACGCCGUGGCGGCUGUCUGGCCUCCCCCGGCGACCAAGAACAUCUAUUGUAUCUGGCACAUCCUCCAAAACCUCAAAACUGGGAUUGCCGAGGCCAUCUCCGUCUAUCGCCGAGCAGCUCCGGCUACCUCCGAAGGGGUCUCGGACCAGCCAGAGGUGGCAGUGGCAGCUGCAGACACCUCUAGCGAGACCGAGGACCCUGCCGAGCUAGACAGGCUGCCGGCAGACGUCUCUGACGGCGAGACAGAGGCCGAGAGCGAGGACGAGGGUGGCGAGAACGGCUCUGAGCGCCCUCCGAACCUCCGCUCUCUAUGGAUCUCCGUUGACGGCGAGGUAAUGACUAAGAGCGACUGGACCAACCUCUCCAAGGAGGUGCGCAAGUCCUACCUGCAGCUCGUGGUCCAGGCCCAGACAGAGAUCGAGCUGGCCAACGGCCUAGAGACCUGGGCCGCUUGGUGGCGUCACCCUGUCUACAGAGGCGUUCUCGACGCCGUCGUUGAGCUCGGUCUCCGGACCACGUCUCGACUCGAGGCGCUGCACGCCAGCCUCCGGUCGUACGUUGGCGAUCGUUCUCGGCGACGCCGGCUCGGGGUCCACGAGCUUGUCAUCUUCAGUCUCGACAAGUUUCACGCUCAAUGGGCCGAGUUGCGGACCAAAAUGGACUACGAGAUCAGCCACAGGCCCUCCGAGAACGCCCAUACCCUUUUCCACGCCGUGCGCACCGUUGUUGCGGAGUACGCCAUCAACAAGUUGAAGAAUCAGGUAGGUAUUGCUCGUAACAUCGUCAAGAGGGCGCACGGCGAGCGUCGGCACCCUGACGGACGUCCUAUCCCCGAGACAAGGCCGUGCACCGGCCAGUUUCGGACUUCUAUGGGCCUGCCGUGCGCCCACACGAUCGCCGAGGUGAUGGACACGGCCAACGGUGGCAGCGGCGUUCUUGAAGCCAGCCACUUCAGCCCUCACUGGUGGUUGUCCUCCACAACCUGGAUGCAGUCGAUCCUAGAGGCCGUUGACCUUGCCGUUGCGAACGCCAACGGCCUGGACCAGGUCGAGACCAUUGAUGUGCGCGGCGCUCGCCGCCUGAGGGAUCCAGUGACGGCGGUGGCACGCCGAGAGGCCGGAGAGGCUGUCUCUGCAAGCCAGCGCUCGAGGCGGGCCAGCCAGCGCUCUGGUCCUGCAACCAGCAGUGGCCGUCUUCUUACCCAGGCCGAGAUCGCCGACGGGGGGCCUGAGGAGCCCGAGACGCCGCUUUGUCGGACUUGUCGGCGUCGCCACCAACCCGAAAACCCUUGUCGAGAGACCCUGGACGCUCGAGCAGCGGUGCAGCGAUCUCAAGAGCGCGCAGAGGACCCUGAAGACCUCGAUGACGAUCCGUACGACUACGACAGCGACUACGACGACGUACACCCUCGGUACCUGGUCCUGGCGCCCCGCGACGCCGACGGCUGUCCAUUCUGCUCUAAGAAGCACACUCGGCGUUGGUGUAAACGCCUGUAUUCCUGGCGCAAGUGGUACAACGAUCGCGAGCGCGGUAGGGCUCCGACACCGGCUGCCGAGUUCGUCUCGGCCUCAGAGGGUGGCAACGGAGACUCUCCGGGCUCCCCGGCGGAGCAGGGCGCCGAGAGUGACGGAGGCGGGUCUCUCGUUUCGGAGCGGAUGGACAUGGCUUACCGUGAGGUAGAGGGGGCGCAAUCGGUGCCGUCUUCGCCGAACCGUGAGCUUGCCGAUCCCUUAGACCGCCUCAUGCCAUCUCCGACGCCGUUUGAGGACGACCUGAACCUUGACAACAUCGUUGGGUGGACCCAGGCUCUCCGCCACGAGUGCCUCGGCUCGAUUCACCAUGAAUGGCAAGAGCUGCAGCCGUUGCAGGUCCUCAUGACGCCAUCCGACCCGCCAGAGACACAGGAGACUGUGAUUCCGGAGACCCAGUUAGAGGUGCCGAACGCCGAGGUGGCGCCGGCGACCUCGGACAUGGCGGCGACGCCUGAAUCAGCGACGGACAGUGAGGGCGCAGUGAUCUACGAGGGGCAGAACACUCCGAAACGCCAGCGGUGCUCACCCUAG